GUCGUAAUUAGUUCACGAGAAGAGGCUGCUAGAUGCAUGCAGAAGGUUGUACGGCGGACUGUGAUGAUAUCGAGUGCAAGGCAGGCCAUCUCUGGUCUCUUAGCUGCUGGAGGAUGACAAUUCAACCACCAAUAAUUGUAGGAUUGCAUAAAAGCUCAUUUGAAUACUACUUCAGACCGUAACGUUCCGUGAUAAAAGAAGACGACUCGAUGGGAGAACAAGGUGUUGAAGUUCAGCCCAAUAGUUAUUGGAGAUUCAGAAAACAAGAUUUCUUACCAGAAGAAUCAUUUCAAAGCUGGGCCAACUACCGCUCUGCUUUAGCGCAGACACAUUUUCGUUUCAAGGACCGCCUCACAAGCAGAUCAACUGAUGCCAAAGAGAUUGGGGAGAUUCGGAAACAAAGUGAGAAUGACAUGACGCGAUGCCUCACUUGGUGGGAUCUCACCUGGUUCGGUUUUGGUUCAGUUAUCGGAGCUGGCAUAUUUGUACUCACCGGCCAGGAAGCCCAUGACCAUGCAGGACCUGCCAUUGUCUUGUCCUAUGCUGCAUCCGGAGUAUCGGCAAUGCUGUCUGUUUUCUGCUACACAGAAUUUGCAGUUGAAAUUCCUGUCGCGGGCGGAUCAUUUGCUUACUUAAGAAUUGAAAUGGGAGACUUUAUGGCGUUCAUAACAGCAGGAAACAUAUUGCUGGAAAGCAUUGUGGGAACUGCAGCCGUGGCUAGAGCUUGGACCUCUUAUUUCACAACUCUUCUAAACCGUCCUUCCGACUCCCUACGCAUCCAUACAAAUCUAAAAGAAGGCUUCAAUCUCUUGGAUCCAAUUGCUGUUGGGGUUUUAGUGAUCACUGCCACGAUAGCAAUGACCGGAACAAGAAAAACAUCAUACCUCAACUGGAUAGCAACUGCACUCAAUACCUCCGCAAUUUUGUUUGUGAUAAUUGCAGGAUUUGCUCAUGCCAACACUUCCAAUCUAACCCCAUUUUUGCCAUUUGGAGCUGAAGGGGUCUUCAAAGCAGCGGCUAUUGUAUUCUUUAGCUACGGAGGAUUCGACAAUAUAGCCACCAUGGCAGAAGAAACCAAAAACCCGUCAAGAGACAUACCAAUAGGACUGCUAGGGUCAAUGUCACUCAUUACAAUUAUAUACUGCUUGAUGGCACUUUCACUGACCAUGAUGCAGAAAUACACAGAUAUAGACAGGAAUGCAGCUUACUCUGUUGCAUUUCAGAGCGUAGGGAUGAAUUGGGCAAAGUACCUGGUGGCUCUCGGCGCUUUAAAGGGGAUGACCACCGUUCUUCUAGUUGGGGCGCUUGGACAAGCACGGUAUAUAACACAUAUUGCACGCGCUCACAUGAUUCCUCCUUGGUUUGCUCUUGUCCAUCCAAAAACUAGAACACCGAUAUAUGCCACACUUCUUAUCACCAUUUCAAGUUCUCUGAUCGCUCUAUUCUCUAGCCUCGACGUUUUGGCUAACUUGUUAUCCCUGAGCACCCUAUUUAUCUUCAUGAUGGUGUCUGUUGCUCUUAUGGUGAGGAGAUACUAUGUUAGGGAAACAACGCCGCGAAUAAACCUCUUGAAAUUAAUCGCAUUUCUACUGAUCAUUGUUGCAUCAUCCAUGGGGACUUCCGCAUAUUGGGGACUGAGACCCAAUGGGUGGUUUGGUUACGUCGUAACUGUUCCUUUUUGGUUUCUAGGGACUCUAGGCAUACAGAUUAUUCUGCCUCAGCAAAGAACCCCAAAAGUUUGGGGUGUUCCACUUGUUCCAUGGCUUCCAUCCUUAUCAAUUGCAACAAACAUCUUUCUCAUGGGAUCUUUGGGCAACCAGGCUUUCAUAAGAUUUGCGCUAUGCACGGCUGUCAUGCUGCUUUACUACGUGUUUUUUGGUCUUCACGCAACUUAUGAUAUGGCCCAUCAGCAACACAAGCCAGAACCGUUGGAAGUCAAGGAUGAUGACAUUGCAGAAUACUGACAUUGAACCAUUUGUUAUGAUGGUUUCUGAGAUUGAAAUUCACAAUGACAAAUAGCUGUAUUCGACAUAUAAAAAUACAAUCAUAAUAUUUAGAUAUUUAAUGAGAAGGUGGUCAAUAUCCAAUCGAACUUAUAUAAA